GGCCAACAAGACCGUCCUCCUCUAUGACCUGCCGCCGUUUACAAACCGUUCUACGCUGGAAGGAAAUGUGAAGCACUACCUGCAAGGUGCUGGCCUCGACUAUAGUCAGGUCGCUGCAGUUCACAACCACCUCCUGACUUCCGCGUCGGCUGUGGUCCGCGUGGAGUUUCUUACUGAGAACCAGGCGCGAACAUUCCACAUACAUAUGCGGGCCUCCAAGCGUUACUGGCGAGUACCAGGUACUCAGGAUACGAAGGUGCGAUCCGAGCUGGAUACCACCACGGAAGACCGCAUCGCUAUGCAGCCUUUCUAUGCUCUCCUCGACAUCCUCUCGGAGCUCACGGGAUCUCCGGACCUCCAAACCUGGAAGCAGACUUUACAGAUCUGGACCGGCAAAGACGUCACGCCGAAGCGCCUUCUUGCCCAGGUGUCCUACGUUUUGGAUAGCAGAUUUCCACGUCGCUACGCAUGUUGCAGAAGUGGCGCGCGGCUUUUUCCGAUCGCAUGCGCUGCGCGAUGCUGCUCGUACAAGCCCUCCGCCGCGCAGUCACGGCUGGUUCAAGACCCUCCUCCACCAGAUAUGGCAAAAGUCCGGCCAAUAUUUGGCCAAAAGAUUGGAAUUUGGGCGGCAAGAGCCGACAUAGCGCACUCCCCAGUCAUGCCUUGGGACAUUCUGAUUGCUUCCUCCUUCCGAUUAGCUUACGAGCAUGCUCAAAUGGAGUCCUCCACAGAGCCGCAACCUCUGCAGUGGCACCAAGACGUCUUUCCGUGGCUCAUGAUAUGUUCGUUCGAAAGAGUCGCUACAGACCUCUUCCAAACAUUAGCCGAGGACCUAGCGGAUUUCCUCGACCAGGACGACACACUUAUGAAGCUCAUCGCGGGCGAGUCAACCCUCGAUUCAGAAUUUCGAGACGAAAAAGAAACCGAUGGACGCAUGCAAUGA